UGCAAAAUGAGCAGCGGAGGACAGUGGAGAAGACGCAGAGGGCUCUCGGUCUGACCCACGAGGAUUUGAAGAUGUCUGCGUGCAGUGACUUUGUGGAACACGUUUGGAAGCCCGGCUCCUGCAAAAACUGCUUCAACCCAAAGAGUUCCCAUCGGCUGCGAACACCCCCAGACGCGGGAGCUUGCGGCGUGCUCCCGAAUGGCGUUAGGACCAAGCCUGAGAGCCCCGCGUUGGAAGACGAAGGUGUAAAUACCUCUCCCUUCUCAAAGCCAACAAUUGCUGUGAAGCCAACGAUGAUAAACUCGGAUGUUUCUGACACGUGGGCGGAUGUGAAUGUGAAUGCAGAUCUGUCACAGGUCAGCUGGGGCAUGGUUUCUGGCAAACAACUCCUUCUGAAAUCAGGAGAUGCGCAGCGGAUCUGCCUUGACAAUUUUGGCAACGGCGGUGUGAGAAAGCCCUUCCUUCACAACCCACCCAGCGACUGCUUGUCUUGCUGUCCUCCUAGCUACUCCAUGGUGGGCCCGCGCAGCCUGGAGAGUCGAGUGGAGAGAAACGUCUCCGUCCACAGCCUGGUGCUUGUGGGUGAGGUGGGCAAGCAGGAGGACCAAGCCAAAGACAAGUUUGCCCUGCCGCAUCGGGGCCCCUGCCCUAAUCUGUCCGCCCUGGGGGAGAGAAGCACCACGAACUCCAGCAGAAACCCUUCAUCCCAAGCCAGAGAAGGAGCAGCGCUCCCCUUGGAAGGCGACUGCGGUCCCCUCUCCUCCGGCUUUGAAAGCGAAGGGGGCGAGUACUGUUCGAUCACAGACUGCCGCAGAGAGUGCCCUGUCUCAUGGGAGCCGCAUUGUGCGGAGGGGAAGGGGGCUCGGUGCGAGAAGGAGAGCCCCGCUCCCUGCGGAUGGAGGCAGCGGGAUGCUCCCAAGAUUCCCAGGCCAAGUGGCAGAGCGGUCAAGUUCGGCGAAGAGGAGCGCAGAGCUGUGAACGUGGCCUUCUGCAUCACGAAAGACCAGGGUGAUCCUCUCCCCUAUGCCCUGUGUUCAGAGAAGAAGCAGCUGGCUCUCCACGCCGAGCCUGCCACCCUCCCCGAGAGCACGGGGAGCAGCAAGGCGGCUGCCCUUGCUUUGUCCCGGGAGGACGAGGACUCGCCUCUCUCUGGAGAGCCCUCUGUCACCAGAGACCCCCGGCCUGAGGGUUCCAGCACCCCUCAGCAGGCUCUGGUAGAGCCGCAGUGCCCUCGCCUCGCCGGGCCCACCCGCGGUGAUCCCAUCUACGCCGAGAGCACCAAGAGGAAGAAGGUGCAGCUGAAGGCUGUCGGCGGACAGGCAAAAGCGGAGAAGCUGACCCGCGGCACUGGCAAGGAGCAAGCUGAUGGGACGUGGAGGGAUGGCGGCUGGGCUUUGGGUGGGGAGAAGGAAUACCAGGACUCCACCGGGCAGGUGGCAGCCAAGAUAACUAUAAUGGCAGCACACACCGAGGAUGAUCACAAAACAAUAUUCCUCAGCAGCCCUGACUCCGCGGUGGGAGUUCAGUGGCCAUGUAUCAGCCCGACUUCCCACCCCGACUUUGGGACUUCAUCACCUGCCAUUGAGCCUGGAGAGAUUUUUCAAGCAUCUGGAAAUGAAAACAGCCCAAGAUUUCAUCUGGCAGCUCCUCCCAAAACCUCAGUUACUGAGAGUCCAGCCAUUCCCCCAAAGAUGUCCAAAACCAGCCAGCCGGGCAGCGAGGGGAACCGUGUGCCCCCAGUAAGCUCCCAAGUGGCAAGGUUUGGUGAUGACAACAGCCGUGACGGAGCUGGUGUUCAGCUGCCGCCGAGGAGCUAUACUGACACCGGUGACUUUGGGGCGUCCCCUUCUCCGUGCACUCAUGUCAAUGGGGUCUCUGUGGAGGAGUCCAGCAGGGGCCUGGCAGGCUCGUCCUAUGACAGGAGGCAGAAGUACUACACCCCAACGUGGUCCAAGCAGUGCCGGAUAGAGGAGGAGGAGGAGGAGGAGCAGGAGGAGGAGGAGCAGGAGCUCUUAACCCACCCAUGGGUAGUGGGAGCUGAGAAUGGGAGAGCUGGUGCCGACCUUGUGGACGAUGGCCCGAUGCUGGAGAGACAGACUGGGAUCAGCAAAUCAUCAUCUUUCUCCUUUGAUUUCCCUAAAGACAAGAGUAAUGGUGUGGAGUUUGCACCACCGCCGCCACCGCCGCCGAAAAAGCAGUCCAGGCACGCUCUGAAAAUGAACUCGAAUAACGCGGAGUUGGAGAGGGUCAGCAACAGCUCUGCCGAGAGCCUCAGCCCACCUUUCAGGAGCGUCCACGUCAGCUUCACGGCUGGUUCCACCGACAGCCUCGACUCGGACACGCAGACCGGCAGUGAUGGCAGCUCGGCCGCUGGUAAGAGCACAGGGGCGUGCGUCCCCAGCAGAAACCUCCAGUCCCUUUCCUCCUCGCAGCUCAGUGUGUCCAGCCAGGUGUCAUCAGGCUCCAGCCUCCAGCUCCACAACCUCCUGAGCAACAUGGACAGCAAGGAGGGGGUGUACGCCAAGCUGGGGGCCCUCUACGCCGAGUCCUUGCGCCGCCUCGUUGCCAAAUGCGAGGACUGCUUCAUGCGGGAGCAGAAGAACGAGCUGCGCUUCAGCGAGAACAACUGGUCGCUCUUCAAGCUGGCGUGCAACAAGCCCUGCUGCGAUUCGGGGGACGCAAUAUAUUACUGUGCUACCUGCUCCAAGGACCCUUCCACCACCUACGCUGUGAAGAUUUGUAAAACCCAGGAGUCCAAGGUGGCUGCUUCAUACUGCAGCCCUGCAGUGCCGGUCCACUUCAACAUCCAGCAGGACUGCGGGCAUUUUGUGGCCUCUGUCCCCUCCAGCAUGCUGCUGGCCUCAGACGUGGGGAGAAGCAUGCCUGGGGAUGGCCUCCAUCCCUCCCGCACUGCCAGCGAGCACGACUGUGUGGUGGUCAUUACCCGGGAGGUGCCGAGCCAGACCACCGCCGACUUUGUGAGAGACUCGGUGAUGUUGCACCAAGCCAAGCCCGAGCUGUACGAACGUCGCGUUUGCUUCCUGCUCCUCCAGCUCUGCAACGGCCUGGAACAUCUCAAAGAGCACGGCAUCAUCCAUCGUGACCUGUGCCUGGAGAACCUCCUGCUUGUCCCCUGCAAGCCCCCCUUGAGCUGUGUGAAAGCCAAAGAUGACAAACACUUACCCCGCCUCAUCAUCAGCAAUUUUUUGAAAGCCAAACAGAAGCCAGGAACUGGAGACUCCAAACUGAAGAAGAGUCAGGCCCGGCUGGCCCCGGAGAUUGUGUCGGCUUCUCAGUACAAGAAAUUUGACGAGUUUCAGACUGGUAUUCUCAUCUACGAGCUGCUGCACCAGCCCAACCCUUUCGAGGAGAAGGUGCACCUCAGGGAGCAGGAGUACAGCCCUGAGGACCUCCCUGCCCUGCCCAGCCUGUCCAUCUACUCCCGGGGGCUCCAGCAGCUGGCCCACCUGCUACUGGAAGCGGAUCCCAUCAAGCGCGUGCGGAUCACCGAGGCCAAGCAGAUGCUGCAGUGUCUGCUCUGGGGACCCCGAAAAGACCUCACGGAGCAGCCCCUCAGCCACGAGGAAGCCCUCCGCCGGGUCCUUCAGAACUGGGUGGACAUGAAGCGCGCCCUGCUCAUGAUGAAGUUCGCAGAGAGGGCUGUGGACGCGGAGCGGAGCGUCGAACUGGAGGACUGGCUGUGCUGCCAGUACUUGGCGUCUGCUGAGCCGGCCUCCCUCUCGCACACGUUAAAACUGCUGCAGCUGCUCUGACCUCGGCUGUGCCUCGGAGGCAGCUGAGGGCUCCCGGGUGCCUUGCAGCUGAAGGUGCGCAGCCCCUUUGUACACGAGAGGUUUGAAUCUCAGCUGCGAACGCGCGUUCAGCUCCCGCCCCGCGCUCCGAUCAGAGGGCACAAGACAUGUUUCGUACCCUCGGCACUGUUAAUUUGCAAGCAGGCAAAACCGGGAACCUACCCCUAUUUGGGGGGAUUUUUUUAUUAUAUUAUUUUUUUUUUUUUGGUAUGGUAAGUCUGUGGACUAAUAAACCCCUGCCUGCGUGCGUGCAUGUUUCU